AUGGAACUCCGUCAAGGAAUCCUUCAUCAAACGACUAUACAAACAGCGAAACAACACCAGGGAACUUACAGCACUACCCCACUGGCCGGCAAUAAGAGGUCAUCGCCUGGGCUUGACACUCACAGCGGUGUUCCAACCCACGCAUCGCAGAAAGUUGCGUUCCAAAGGGCUUCUUCACUUGGCAGGAAUGUGUCAACACUGGCGGCGAGCACCAUUGAGGUCACAGAGUCGGGGCCUCGAAACUCCCCAGAAGUUUCUGAAUACUCGCAGCGCAAGGUAGUAUCUGCCACCCCCACUGCGGGCACGGACAGAGCAUUAUCAUUGUCACAUCCUCGAUAUGCACUUCCUGAGAGCCUUGUGGAGAAUCUACGAAGCCUCGGGAUCAAUGAGAUCUAUCCCUGGCAGAAGCACUGCUUAAUGGGCCCUGGCCUGCUCAAUGGGGCCAAAAACUUGGUCUAUACUGCCCCCACGGGUGGCGGAAAGUCCCUAGUCGCUGAUGUAUUGAUGCUGAAAAGGGUUCUCGAACGCCGCGAUGCCAAAGCACUGCUGAUCUUGCCAUAUGUUGCACUGGUCCAGGAAAAGGUGCGAUGGCUCCGCAAGGUUGUGCAAGGUAUUACUCGUAUAGCACCUGAUGGAGUUCUCCCGGGCAAGGAGGAGACUUUAUGGCGACGACGGGCAGACGAAGACACCAUCAGGGUCGUUGGCUUCUUUGGCGGCGGAAAAAUAAGGGCAACUUGGGCGGACUUCGACAUUGGCGUCUGCACGUUCGAAAAAGAGGCCAACACACUCAUGAACACGGCCAUCGACGACUGUUCCAUAGCCAAUCUUAGAGCUGUUGUUCUCGAUGAACUGCACAUGAUCGACGACGAUCAUCGUGGCUACUUGUUGGAGUUGUGUGCCACAAAGCUCCUUAGCCUGGAACACAAGGUACAGAUUGUUGGAAUGAGUGCAACAUUGCCAAACAUCGAAGUUCUCGCACAAUGGCUUGGAGCCCACAGAUACCAGACAGCAUACCGUCCGAUACCCAUCAAGGAACAUCUAGUCUACGACUCCAAGAUUUAUGAGGCAUCAUCCAAGGAGGGAGUCCUAACUGCCGCAACCCCAUUGAAUAGGCAGACCGGUCCAAGGGAACUGAUGGUACCGCCAAUCAGAGUGAUCACGAACUCAUCGCAUAAGGAGCUACAAGACCCCGUUUUGAACGCGGUGGUUUCGUUGGCUAGCGAAACAGUCAGAUCCGGCUAUGGCGUUCUGAUCUUCUGUAGUAGCCGCGCCGGUUGCGAAUUUGAUGCUAGAAUCGUCUCUAGGGCCGUACAUGACGCUCAUGGAGGCGACCCAGUCAUACUCGAAAAGAGAACUGACCUGAUGGGUGACUUGCGUAGCCUGCCUUCAGGAUUAGAUCCAGCGCUUGACGACACAAUACCUUCGGGUGCGGGCCUAACCACCGAAGAGCGAGACCUCAUCGCCGAUGCCUACGACAAGGGUAUCUUGAAGGUCAUCGUAGCUACUUGCAGUCUGGCUGCUGGGAUCAACCUCCCGGCCCGGCGUGUGAUUCUCCACAACGCUCGGAUGGGGCGCGAGCUUGUUGGGCCGUCCAUGCUUCGACAGAUGCGCGGCCGGGCCGGAAGGAAAGGCAAGGAUGAGGUCGGUGAAACUUACUUGUGUUGUCGCAAGAAUGACCUUGAGGACGUCAUUGAGCUCAUGAACGCUGAGCUGCCCCAACUUUCUAGUGGUCUGAUGACAGACAAACAGAGGAUACGCCGCGCCCUGCUAGAGAUUAUUGCGGUACGACUGGCGACAAGCCGGGACUCUAUGGAUGACUACUUGCUGAAAACGCUCCUCAGCCUCACUGCCGAGUCAGACGUCAUUCGCGAGCAUGUCGAGUCCAGUCUCAGCGACUUGAUCGAGAUGGAAUUCAUACAAGAAGAUGAGCAGUCAGGUUUCAAGGUAACGCAACUUGGCAAGGCGGUUGUUGCCUCUGCUCUUGAGCCUGAAGAUGGUGCCUUUGUCCAUCGAGAAAUGCAGCGUGCGCUGAGAGCAUUCGUCAUGGACGGCGAAAUGCAUUCACUCUACACCUUCACGCCGGUUCAAGACUUUUCUACAACAGUCAAUUGGAAAGUGUUUCGAAACGAGAUGGAAACCUUGGAUGACAGUGACCUCCGCGUGAUGUCAUUUCUAGGACUUAAACCUACAAUAAUCAAUAAGAUGGCUCAAGGGAGCACCAUGAAGGAAUCAACACCGGGAGAGCGAGAGAUAUCAAGAAUCUAUACUCGGUUCUAUCUCGCUCUGCAGUUACGCGAUCUCUGUAAUGAGGUUCCAAUACAUCUAGUUGCACAGAAGUAUGAUAUGCCACGAGGAAGCGUGCAGACACUUGCCCAGACAUGUCAAGGUUUCGCGGCUGGAAUGGUAAAGUUCUGUGAACACAUGGAUUGGGGAAUGAUGGCAGCGGCCCUCGAUCACGUCUCUGACAGGCUGAAAGCUGGGGCCAGGGCUGACUUGCUAGCACUUGCUCAGAUCACAUUCAUCAAGAGUCGGACGGCCAGAGUCUUCUAUGAUAAUGGGUUCAAAACGGUGGCCGCAGUAGCUAAUGCGGAUCCGUCUGAACUUGUUCCAGUGUUAAUACAGGCCCAGCCAAUGAAGAUACGCCUCAAGAAACAAGAUGAGCAGAAGUAUGAAGAAAAGCUUUUCGCGAAGGCGGAGAUCAUAUCGAAUUCCGCAAACCGACUUUGGCAAAUCCAAAUGCAACACGACAUAGAUGAGGAAUAG